UUGGAACUUUUAGGUGGCGUACCUUUUGUAUUAACAAAUGUUCCUCAGAGUCUUCUAUCGUAUUCUUGUUUGAACCCAAUUUAUGGUACAACAAUCAAUGCUUACAAGUGUGAUAGAACUGCUGGAGGAUCUAGUGGUGGUGAGGGAUCAUUAAUUGCAUGUGGUGGAUCUAUAAUAGGUAUUGGAGGUGAUGUUGGAGGUUCUUUGCGUUUCCCUGCUCAUUUCAAUGGAAUUACUUCUUUAAAGCGUUCAGGGACAUCUGUUAUGGGCAGAUCUCUUGUUGAUGCAUCCCUUGGACCAAUGACGAGGACAGUUCGAGAUGCAGUAACAUUCCUUAAAAUUUUUUGGUCAGAAAGGUGGUUUUUUCGUGGAGAUCCAUAUUUACCAGCUAUUUACUGGGAUGAUCAUCAGUAUCUCAACAAACAACCUUUACGAAUAGGAUAUUAUUAUCAAGAUGGUUGGUUCGAGCCAACUCCUGCCUUGAAAAGAGCCGUUCAGGAGACUCAUUCUCGUUUGGAAAAAUUGGGCCAUGUUUUAGUAGAAUUCGAGCCUCCAGAUAUGGCUGAUGCUUUUAAAUUAUUUCUUGGUGCUAUUUUAGUUGAUGAUGGAAAGUAUAUACUCGAUAAAUUUGAUAAGGUAUUACAAGAAAUUUUUAUUUUUCUUGUUAUUAUAACUCGGAUAAUUUUUGAAACUCGAAUUUUUGGUAAAAUUGUGAAACCAUUUUGGCCACGUUUAUCAAAAGUUUGUGAAGCCUUUGCUUUGAACACUAGUGAAAUGCGUCAAAUGUUUGAAGAUAUAGCGAAGUAUCGUCAUCGUUUUGUGAGAGAAAUGAAGGCUUUACGGCUUGAUGCUAUUAUUUGUCCUAUUCAGGUAGUUCCUGCAAUCGAGCAUUUUUAUCCAAUGAAAUUAAUUUCUACAGUAUCUUAUUGCGGUCUUUUUAAUUUGCUCGAUUUUCCCGCUGGGACGGUUAAGGUGACAGAAGUGUCUGAAAUCGAUGAGUUAUGCUUAAAGGAUUAUCCAGAAAAUGAUUUAUGGGAAAAAUUAGUCAAAAAAGCAACAAAAGAUUCUGUUGGAUUACCUGUUGGAGUGCAAGUUGCAUCAUUUCCAUUUCAUGAAGAGACAGUCUUGCGUUUGUUGGCUGAGAUCGAGAAAUCGGUCGAAUUGGAAAAAAUUAUAUAA